CACAAACACCGGGAGGCGCCAGUGAGCAGGUUUCCAACCGGAACUCAUCUCCACGUGUUGAGAGUGGCCACCGGCGGAAGAGGGUUUGUUUUGAUGCCACCGGUUGAGUCCAACUUGUGGCUAGAGUUCUCCUGUAAUGUGCUCUGUAAUUAUACCGACAACAGACAUAAUGUUAACUGUAGACAGCCAAGUGGAAAGCAGCGGUCCAGAAGAAGAGCUGAAAGGGACCAAAAGAAAGAUUUCUCUCUCCAAUUGUGGUGCGUGUGGAUCAGAGGAGGCGAAGUACAGAUGUCCUGCCUGUCUUGCCCAUUCUUGCAGCUUGCUGUGUGUGAAGAAACACAAGGAAGAUUUGGGAUGCAGUGGAGUUAGAAAUAAAACUGCCUUUGUGACCCUCUCACAGUUUGAUGAAAUGGCGCUUCUCAAUGACUACAGGUUUCUGGAGGAUACAGGACGUUUCGCUGAUAGUGCCACCAGAGACAAUCUCAUCCGGACUCCUCGUGCCACUUUUAAAGCAAAGAGGUUGGCAGCCAAUGCCAGAAAGAUGAAUAUCACAUUGAGGUUCCUCCCCAUCACCUUCACUAAGAGCAGAGAAAACUCCACCGUCUUCCAUGCAAAAGAAAAACUGUUCCUGUGGCACCUGAAGCUCAUCUUUCCUCAGAGCAGCACAGAGUUCAGUCAGAGGAGGGUGUCCGACAAGCAAACCCUGGAGCAGAUCUUGACCCAUUAUAUCCACCCUACAGAGUCGGACCCUGUGACACGUCAAAAGUUGAAGAUGUAUGUGCACACUCCAUUUGAUCAUGUGAAUGUCUUCAUGAAAGCAGAAGGGAGAAAGGCUAAUUCUGUGAGGUACCAUGAGUUGGACAUUCACAGAAGCCUAAGGGACAACCUGAGCUACAAAACACUGAUUGAAUAUCCUGUGCUGCAUGUUGUACUCAGAGAUCAUUGGAAGGACUAUCCACUGAAAGGACCAGCAUUCUUUUCGAUGUCUCACUAUGGGACACAUUCCUCAAAGCGUUAGCAGUGAGGUGACCACAGGCUUCUCUCACUGUUAGCUUGCUAGGUGUAGCCAAACAUAGCUAGCUAGUAAUCAAAGCCACAUUACUGUUUGGAGACAUACCAGAGUAGGUUGAAAUCUACCUAUGGUGAAAGCAGUCAGAAUCCCUGACGACCCACCCCCCACGCCAGAGGUGUCUGCUCCAGUCUGAGGAGGAUUAAGCUAGUUAGCCUUCUUAUACAGGUAAAGAUAGCUUUGCUUCUGAAGCGAGAACAGAUGUUUGAAUGACAAGUGACACUGUCUACCAUAUAAAAAGGUGGAGACGUCACAACUGCCAGCCACUUGGGUAGCGAACGGGGGUUAUGCAAGUAACCUAAAAAUUUUGUGACAGGUCUCUAAUGAAAGGAUUAACACUAGACAAUAACUAGGUCUAAGUUUCUAAUAUGUCCUGAUGCUGAAAAUGUUUGUUUACAUCAGUAAUGUUAGUCAACAUUGGAUUAAAGGCCUAUAAUUUUAUCUAUGGUCAGUUGAGAAUGCACUCAACCCAUAACUCAAACUCUUAAGAUACGUGUGUUUUACUUCUACUUCUAAUUUACUUCUAAUGGUCCGUACUAAAGAUAAAUGGUUUAUGGGAGGCAGGGGCAGGCAUUGCUUUUUAAUUGUCUCAUGUUACAACACAAAGAAGAAAAGCUGAAUUACAUUAAUCUUUCAUAUUAUAGGCAUAACCAUUCUUUAGGAUACAGGCGAAAAUGCCUUGGAAAAAGUGUCUGAGGUUCAAAGUGAAUUUUCCACAAAUGGACUGGGGGAGAUCAUGUUUGGGAGUAAUUGCUUAUAAUUCACAAUUAUCGUUUUUACACUCAUUUAUUCUACUGCCUUUCUUUCACAUGUCCACCCUUCUUUAUUGCAUAACUAAUUGCUUGGCACGCUGCCUCAUCCUGGAAACCAGCAUGGAGCCAAACUAUAACGUCAUCAUUCCCAAAUUGUCUGUACUGUCCUCUUUCUCACCAUUUCUGUUUAAGCAUAACCCCAGCUGUGCUCUAACCAUUUUCACUUGUUUAUACAUUUGGACACGUAAGAAUUUACUGAUGCAAGAGCCAUGUUUAAUUAUUCUUUUUUUUUUUACACAAAUGGGGUCAUAUUG